AUGGCCGGAUCCGAGGAUGUCCUCGAUGCGACCAAAAUGUCCUCGACUCCCACCUCUGGCAAGACUCAGAAACGAAAGAGAGAUGCCGGCGAUACCACCACAACCACUCCGACACCAACCAGAAAGUCCAAGAAGCGCGAAAGCCAAUCUGCCGAAGAGGGUACCUCCAAGAAGCGAUCGAAGAUCAGGGACAGGCUUCAAGGUGAUGAUUCCCCGAACGCGACCUGGAAAGAAAGUGCUGUCCCGACCAAGCGCCUCAAGACGCCUGCUGCAAACUCGGACGACCAUGACCGUAAAGCGGGAAAGAAGUCAAAAGAUGGCAAGCGAAAGAGCUCUGGGAACGAUGCUCAGCCAGUUGAAGAAACUGCAUCUGUGAGCUCGGAGCCUACGAGUGACCAGGGCGCAGAGGGGUCGACCGAGGACAAGCCCACGAAGAACAAACACGCCGGGCUCUUGUCCAAGUUCGAGCGCACCAAGACCGCUGCUGCCACAAAGGCCAAGAAGUUCAAGCCUGAGAUCGAGGAGCCCAAGGAGGAGACUGCCGAGCCCGUGUUUGCGAAGGGCCUCGAGCCUUUGCCCCAGCCUGAGAAUCCUGAGGAGCCCGAGACUCUACCGACAUAUUCAUCUCUACCAGAAUGGCUGGCAAUUCCCCAACGGACAUCAACCAAAGAGCGAGCCAAGUUCUCUGAUCUGGGCAUCAAAUCUGACCUUCUUCAAAUUCUUGACGAGCGCGGCUACAAGGAAGCGUUUGCAGUGCAGUCCGCCGUCAUUCCGCUUCUUCUCGACAACAGCAACAACUACCACCCCGGCGAUCUGUGUGUUUCCGCAGCAACAGGUUCUGGAAAGACCCUCUCCUACGUGCUUCCACUUGUCAGCUCCCUGAAACCCUUGCCUGCAUCAAGAUUGCGAGGACUGAUCGUGGUUCCCACGCGCGAACUGGUGCGACAAGCGCGUGAAUCAUGUGAGCUCCUUGCCUCCAGAUCCGGACUUCGAAUCGGAAGUGCCGUGGGUAACGUGGCUAUCAAAGACGAGCAAAAGCUUCUCAUGCGGGUAGAUCAAGUGUACGACCUAACCACGGUCACCCAGCGACAGAAUACAGGCUUACAGGGAGAUGACUGGAUCGACUUCGAUCUUGAAGCCUGCGUCAACGAGGCAGUAAAUGCCAACGAGUAUCUGCCGGGCCACAUCCAGCGAUCCGAACCCAACGUUGAUAUUCUCAUCUGCACACCCGGUCGACUGGUCGACCACAUUCGCUAUACUAAGGGGUUUACUCUCAAGUAUUUGGACUGGCUCGUGAUCGAUGAAGCCGAUCGGCUACUGAACGAGAGCUUCCAGGACUGGGUCGACGUGGUGAUGGGCUCACUGGACUCCCGUCAGGCUCCCGAGACCUUCGGACCCUGUGGCAAGUGUUUGUCGGACAUGAAGCUCCCCAUUGCUACGAAACCACCGCGAAAGGUUGUUCUAAGUGCAACCAUGACUCGUGAUGUAUCUAAGCUCAACUCACUCCGAUUGGCAAACCCCAAGAUGGUUGUGGUCGGGGCGGAAAAUCUCUCGGAUCUCACCGACCUCUCCGUCGAGAGAGGCGACGCUUCUUACGACUUGCCGCCAACCCUGCACGAAUACAUGGUUCCCAUUCCCGAGGCCGCCCAAAAGCCACUGUACUUACUGCGUCUUCUGGAAUCACGCAUCCAGGUCGGUGUGGACGCCACGCCUGGCACUGCCAACGGUGAUGAUGCCGACAGUGUAGUUUCUGAUGAUACGAGCUCUGACUCGGAUGACGAUUCAUCUGACUCCGAUUCCGACUCUGGUUCCGACUCCGAUUCCGACUCUGAUUCAAACACCGACACCGACUCGGACACGAACAGUAAUUCCUCAAGCGACUCCGAGGAUGAACUCGACCCCGCCGAGCAUUCGGGCAAAUCUCGUUCGAGUGUGUUGGUCUUCACCAAGUCUUCCGAAUCCGCAUCGCGGCUUGCUCGUCUGAUAACCCUGACCAAGCCAUCGCUCGCCAAGCAGAUUGGGGUCAUCGUCAAAUCCAACAAAUCUUCUGCCUCUCGCAAGACUCUGUCUGCUUACCGGCGAGGCCGAACUUCGAUCAUCAUCGCCACCGAUCGUGCUUCCCGUGGUCUCGAUCUGGAGUCGUUGACAGACGUUGUCAACUACGAUGUCCCUCACAGCAUCACCACCUACGUCCACCGUGUCGGGCGUACUGCCCGUGCGGGCCGCGAAGGAUCUGCCUGGACUCUGGUUGCUCAUCACGAGGGGCGCUGGUUCUCGACUGAAAUCGCGAACAGCGUGGAUGGCCAUAUCACACGUUCGUCGGGCAUUCAUCGGGUGAACGUCAAGAUUGACAAGAAUUCGGCGACCUUCAAGGGUUACGGGAACGCUCUGGAGAGGCUGGAGAAGGAGGUCAAGAUGGCCGGGGCGAACAAGUCAAAGUGA